CUCGAACGCCGUCGCAGUCGUUUAGUUACGCCGCACGCGUCAUGAUAAUAUCGUUACAAUAAUAAUAAUAACAAUAUUUGUUUUCGGAAAUAAUAAUUCGUAACAAUUUGCGUUCGGAGACUGUGUGCGCUGUCGUUUCCGCAUAAAUAUCAUUGUGUACCGCGGUUGAUCGAUCUUAUCGCUCGCGGUGUUGCAGUUAUCGGUGACAUUUUUUGAACAUCGCGUAUUGUGUUUUUCGUUAAAACGUGUUUACCCGUAUACCCGUAUAGGAGUAUUCGUUAAUAUCGAAAAUACCACCCGAGAAUAAAAGUCUUGUAAAAAUGCCGCGGCCCAGUCGCGACUCGUACGGCGACCAAAAACCACCGUACAGUUACAUAUCGCUGACGGCCAUGGCCAUAUGGAGUUCGCCGGAGAAAAUGCUUCCGCUGUCCGACAUUUACAAGUUCAUCAGCGACCAGUUCCCGUACUACAGACGGAACACGCAACGCUGGCAGAACUCGCUCCGGCACAACCUGUCGUUCAACGACUGUUUCGUGAAAAUCCCGCGGAUGCCGGACAGACCGGGCAAAGGCGCGUACUGGGCGCUGCAUCCGGCCGCCCUGGACAUGUUUGAGAACGGUUCGCUGUUGCGGCGCCGCAAACGGUUCAAGCUGGUCAAGUCCGACAAAGACAGAUUGGACAACGAACUGAUCGCCCUGGCCAACAAUUUGGCACACAUGCAGCGCAACCAUCCGGCCAUGUCGGCGUCAUCGUCGUUGUCGCUGUCGGCCGCCCCGUCGUCGUCGGGCGCGUCGUCCGCUUCGUCGUCGUCGCCGUGCUCGUCGUCGGCCGGCAGUCCGCCGCCGCAGCAUCAGCAGCCGCCGUCUUCGCAACACGGCGCGCCGACCGGGCGCGGUCUGCACCACAACCAGCCGCACCGUUACGACGACGUCGGCACCGACAGCCGCCGACGCCGCCGCAGCCGCAACGCCGCGCCGGGACACCACGACGCGCACCGGCACGCCGUCAUCGCCGCGGACGCGGUCACCGCGUGCACCACCAAGCCGGCGGCCAAGAGACCGUUCGACAUCGAGAGCCUGAUCGGACCCGACCCGUCGUCGGCCACUUCUCCGGCCGCGCCGCCGCAGCCGCUGACCGCGGCGGAUUACACGGACGACGACGACGACGACGGCGACGACGUGGACGACGAUAUCCUACGGCGAUUCCCGUCCAUCGUGCCGGCCGCGUACCGGGCGCCGCUGAUGGUGCCGUACGAGUUCCAUCACGCGGCCGCCGCGGCCGCGGCGAUCGCGUUCCAGGACCAUCACCAACAGCACGCCGUGCACCACAGCCAGCUGCAACAGUUGCACCACCACCACCAGCAGCAGCAACAGCAAUAUUUACGGUACGCCGCGGCGUCUUAUUUUCCGCUGCACAACUAAUGUACAACAAUAGCAUAUAAAAGUGUAUACGAGUUUCCUGUUUCCGCGAGCGCAAUAUUAACAUUGUCUUAGCCCGCGUAGGCGAUUAUAGUAACGUAAUGACGAUAAUAUUAUUGUGUGUACAGUCACGCGUUCGGUAAUAAGUCGUAUACGUCGUCCGGACGCACUUUGGAUUCGUAUAUAUAUAUAUAUAUAUAUAUGUAUUAUACUAUUAUAUUAUAUUAUUACGUGUCGGAUAAGUGCGGCGUUUGCGCUCGGUGCGACGACGAUAAUAUAUAUAUAUAAUGUAAUAGGUAUAAUAUCAUCUGAUCUCGUGUAGCGCGCACACUUUCGCGGCGACGACUAUUCCGUGCAGAGUAAUGUGUCUGUCGAAUAUUAUAUGACAUGACAUUACGAUAUGUCGUACGCGUAUGCGUGCGCCCGCCGUAAUGCGUAUAGAUUUUCCUAUGUACACAUCGCGCACAGGUAGGCACUGCGCAUACGUAUAUAUGCGAUAUAUCGCUCGCGCAUAAUGUUUAUCCGUAUAUAUAUAAACAUAUUAUUUUAACCGUUGUUCUUAAAUCAUAUAUAUAUAUACAUAAUUUAUUUGUUUGUUUUUUUUUCCUACCCGUAAGUUCUGUACAAAUAUUAUACAGCCAUCAUCGUUAUUGUAACAUACUAUAUAUAUAUAUAUUUUAAUCGCGUUGACUUUACAACAAACGAUGCUUACUAUAUAUAUAUAUAUAAUAUUAUAAAAUAAUGACGUACUGAACCUAUAUAUAUAUACAUAUACAUUAUAAUAUAUUUAUCGUGUAAGAAAAUGAAAUCGUAGUUUUUAGUAUUCGUUGUUCUGUGAUGUAGUUUUUAAUGUGCAGUAAAAUAUAAUAUCAUCGCAUAGGUAUGUUUUCGAUGAAAAAUAUUAUUUCUUUUAUAUUAUAAAACAUAUACAUACAUAAUAUGUAUAUCGAUGCGAUAUCGUUUGCUGCCCACGCCGUGGAACCUAACCUUAUUCUGAUACAUGUGUAAUGCGUAUAGGUAUACCUAGGUGUAUAGUUAAUACAUAUAUAUAUGUGUGUAUUAUACUGCAAACACUCAUUAUUAUUAUGAUUUGUUUUAGUUUUUAUUUUAUUCAUUGUACACUAUACAUGUGACUUAUACAGUUAUGUGUUAUGACUCUGUUACCCCGAUAAUCCUCGUGUUGUAAAAAUUUGAAGAAAAAAAAUGAAUAAUUAUUUAUUUAUUAUUAUUAUUAGACAUUAUCAUUUGAGAUUGUAAUAAUCGUAUUCGUAGAAUUUGUGUUAUAUAUAACCUAUAUGUAUAAUAUUCAAGUGCAGUGUAAUGUUUGUCGAAUAAAUGUGCAAUU